AAAGAAAAUGAUAAUCCAAGCAAGAACAGCAGCACGGCUCUGCAAAAUUUUAAAUUGGAAAAGACGCGUCGGAUUGGAGUCUUCAUUACACUGAAAGAAGAAAAUGUGGCGGCAAAAUAAAUUCCCGGAAAAUCCAGACUCUGAUCAAAGCAUAUCAGAGGAGGAACUGGAAGACUUUGAUAACGGCGAAUUGGGAGGACAUUGUGUUUCGCUAGGAGGGAAUACUGAGAAAGAGGAACGUUUACCAAAUUCCAUCACGGUUGGGAGAUGCUUAGAGGUACCAAUGAGCUACAUUGUGGAAGAGAAGUUGGCUAUUUAUCGGAGGAGGCAUGUGUAUUCAAUUUAGAUGUGAUUGCUGCAAUCAGAGGCUAGCAGGUUCGUCCCUUGAAGAUGAGAUUGAAGUGCCUGACUCCCCAGAUGAGGAUGACAUCACCCGCUCUGCGAGACAGGUGAUAUCACCAACAUGCGUCUCUGAUGAGGAACCAGUCUCUGGUAACAAGGCACAGCAUGAUGCAGUAUACAAGACAACUGGUGUACCUAAAGAAUCCGAUACGCUAAUCGAUUUGAAUGGCAAUGCUUUGCAUUCAUCUCAUUCUUGUUACCUCAAAACUACCAAAUUAUCUAAAGUGGUCAAGGGCAGAGCAACCAGAAAAUUCUCAUUCCAUUUUCAGUCAUGUAAAGAAAUGCCAUCCAAGGCUUGUGAAAUACCUAAGACUUCGGAGUUAAUUGAUAAUGGAAGAGUUGGCCAUUCCAUUCCUAAGCUCUUGGAAGACUCUCAUGCCAAAAUAAGGAACGAGUCAAAGGUGGCUCCUGUUGAAGUGGAAGGUUCAGUGCAUAGCCACAUUGAGCAUUUAAUGACUGAUGUUUUAGAUGGCCUUCAGGAUAACAUUAAUGUGCUUAAAGGAAACUCUAAAAUGGUUGCUGUUAAAAGACAUGCAUCUCAAUUGGAACUCAGAGCUGAAGAAAGUGAAGAACUCCCCGAAUCAAUGGAUCGCAGAUCAUCAACUGAUGAUGAGGCCAAUUACCAAAAUGUUGUAUUUUCUAUCCCAGAGAUGAAGAGGCAGAGUAUUGCAGAUCGAUUUCAGGAAGCUUUAGAUGCUAGAUCUUUAGUUGAUGAAGGGGCUGUUGCCACUGAAGUUAAACCAUCUGGCUCUGGACUAUUUGCAAAGCUGCAAGAUGUCAUGCAGAGGGAAAAAGAAAGAGACAAACAUUUUCUGAACAAAUUGAAGAAUGGAGUUAAACCAGAUAAUGAACCACCCUACAUUGAUGUGAAAAUUGUGUCAAAAUACUUUGAUGCGAAGCUGAUUGUUUGUCAGUGUUUUGUUGAUAAGUUUUGGCCUGACAAUCACCAAAAAGUCAUAGAUAAAGAACAGAAGAGGACAGUUAUCUUUAAGCCAAAAGUUUGCGGCGAUGUUGACCUCGAAGUUGGGAGCUUGAUUCGUAUUCAUGCACCAUGGAAAGAGGUUGAAGCCAUAGGCAAUGAUGAGAACAUUAUUCUAUGUACCUUUUUCUCUCAAGUUUUUGCUUGAGCAGCUCCCUUCAAUUUUGAAGAAGAAUAUUCUGGUCGGUACAUGCACAGGAUGGUGUCACGGCCUGGAACUUGUCCACUAGAGAUAAAUGGAUUAACGAGCUAAGUAUACCUUAUCCUAUUAGUAAGUGCUGGAGGGUAGUGUUUUCAUCUCAUGAUGUUUUUCUUCAUGUUUCCUGUUUCAUGUGGCUUCCUCAAUUGGGAUUGGGUCACGGAGUUGAAAUUCCUCCGCUAGAAUAAAUGGGUUCGCGAGUUAAAGCAUACCUUUUAUCCUAUUAGUAAGCGCCAGAGUGUAGCGUUUUCGAAUGCGGCCAUCCGAACGAUAUUUAGCCACAACAUAAAAGUAGUUCCCUGGCUUCCUCAAUUUGCAGUCAAGAAACAUAAUAAAACAUCCGAAAGCUCAAAAA